UCACCGCCCCUUUGUUGAGCGUUGCAGUGCGCAUGCUCAGUGUAGUAGCCGGUUAUGGCGGCGGUGUGUGUUUGUCCAUGAGGUGGGGGGACGCUUGCUAUUCCUGCGGUCUGUGACAGAGCGAACCGAGCGAAGCGCUGCCAUGGCUGGAGUGUUUGACAUUGAUUUGGACCAGCCGGAGGAAAACGUCUCCGACGAUGAGAAUGAGGAGGCUCAGAUCAAUGAUAUCAUGGAUCAGUGCAGUGGAUUUGAGUUCAACAUGGACGACUGUGAGAAAAUUGAGAUAUCAGAGGACAACGUCAAUCAGGGGACGGAGAACAUCAGACCGGAGUGCUUUGAGUUGCUGCGCGUCCUCGGGAAAGGCGGUUAUGGAAAGGUUUUCCAAGUUCGAAAAGUUGUUGGCGCUGCAGCGGGCAAAAUAUUUGCCAUGAAAGUUUUAAAAAAGGUACCCCCCCCCCACAUCAAUGCCAAAACACAACCCCGUUCAAGUUACAUCAAUCAGCGUCCUGUACAGCUGCUCUCAGUUUGUAUCCUAUGCUUUUACCUGGCAGAGAUCUCCAUGGCUCUGGGUCACCUGCACCAGAAGGGUAUCAUCUACAGAGACCUAAAGCCUGAGAACAUCAUGCUCAACAGCCAAGGAGGAGAACUUUUCAUGCAGCUGGAGAGGGAGGGCAUCUUCAUGGAAGACACAGCCUGCUUUUACCUGGCAGAGAUCUCCAUGGCUCUGGGUCACCUGCACCAGAAGGGUAUCAUCUACAGAGACCUAAAGCCUGAGAACAUCAUGCUCAACAGCCAAGGAGGAGAACUUUUCAUGCAGCUGGAGAGGGAGGGCAUCUUCAUGGAAGACACAGCCUGCUUUUACCUGGCAGAGAUCUCCAUGGCUCUGGGUCACCUGCACCAGAAGGGUAUCAUCUACAGAGACCUAAAGCCUGAGAACAUCAUGCUCAACAGCCAAGGAGGAGAACUUUUCAUGCAGCUGGAGAGGGAGGGCAUCUUCAUGGAAGACACAGCCUGCUUUUACCUGGCAGAGAUCUCCAUGGCUCUGGGUCACCUGCACCAGAAGGGUAUCAUCUACAGAGACCUAAAGCCUGAGAACAUCAUGCUCAACAGCCAAGAGCAUGAACGUGUGUUCACCUGUGCAGGAGGAGAACUUUUCAUGCAGCUGGAGAGGGAGGGCAUCUUCAUGGAAGACACAGCCUGCUUUUACCUGGCAGAGAUCUCCAUGGCUCUGGGCCACCUGCACCAGAAGGGUAUCAUCUACAGAGACCUAAAGCCUGAGAACAUCAUGCUCAACAGCCAAGGCCAUGUAAAGUUGACCGACUUUGGGCUGUGUAAAGAGUCCAUUCACGACGGCACGGUCACCCACACUUUCUGUGGUACCAUCGAAUACAUGGCUCCAGAGAUCUUGAUGAGAAGCGGACACAACAGAGCAGUGGACUGGUGGAGUCUGGGUGCUCUGAUGUACGACAUGCUCACAGGAGCGCCACCGUUCACUGGUGAAAACCGAAAGAAGACCAUUGACAAGAUCCUGAAGUGCAAGCUCAGCCUCCCACCCUACCUCACACAAGAAGCUAGAGAUCUCCUGAAACGGUUGUUGAAGAGAAACGCCUCGUCGCGGCUGGGAGCGGGAGCAGGAGACGCCACGGAGGUGCAGGCUCAUCCCUUCUUUCGACACAUCAACUGGGACGAUUUGCUGGCUCGGAAAGUAGAGCCUCCCUUCAAGCCUUUCCUGCAAUCAGCUGAAGACGUGAGUCAGUUUGACUCUAAGUUCACCAGUCAGACGCCCGUCGACAGCCCCGAUGACUCAACCCUCAGUGAGAGUGCCAAUCAAGCCUUCCUGGGUUUCACGUAUGUCGCUCCAUCAGUCCUGGAAAACAUCAAGGAAAAAUUCUCAUACGAGCCAAAAAUCCGCUCGCCGCGACGGAUCAUGGGCAGCCCAAGAACACCUCUCAGCCCAGUUAAAUACUCAGGAGGAGACUGCUGGCCCCGGAGCCCCCUCCUCACCGGCAGAGGACCGAGCGUCCUCCAGUCUCCUCAGGACCAGGCCAUGGAACUGUCCACCCCAGAGCAGAUGGACGUCACAACCAGCUCCGAGGCCUCGGCCCCUCUUCCCAUCCGUCAGCCUGCCGGGGUCAACCUGGCUCAGAUGAAGCAGCAAGCCUAUCCAGUUGUGGCCAAACGGCCCGAACAUCUACGUAUGAACCUAUGACCCACCGCACCUCUAUAGGAGAGUUUAUUUCUUGACUUUUUUUUUUUUCUUUUUCUUUUUUUUUUUUUCUUUAUCGAUAUUUUUUAAGAAACAAAGCAAAAAGAUAUGGAUGCUAGAGACAAUGAAAUUCAAAAAUUUGCACAUCCGCACACUACAUGUACUGUCACAAGCUGGAGUUUGUGCGUGGGUCUGGGACUCGGGCGUGCUGCACUUAAGAGCUACCGACAACAUCACCAUCUCACCACUUCUCCCUUGACACCUCAGGUCCUCAGGGCCCCCCGCCCCCUUCUGAACUGGACUACUAGGACUGAAGAUCUUUUGAGGAGCUACAGCCUUUGUGUGAUCAGGAUAAAAGAGGUGAUAAUGUGUCACACAGUAAGCAAGCGAUUUAAACCUAACAUGCAGCCAGUCUACUGUACAAGAUGAUGUCCAAAGUGCUUUGUGCUGUUCGAAUGAAUGCCAGUGAGGAAACUGCUUCCAUUGGGAGAUUUUGACAGUAUUUCUUCUUAGACAAAAAGGCUUCCUGGCUCUGAAUUAAAUUAUAUGAAUUAGGUUUGUGAUCAGAAAAAGAUCAAAGAAAUCAUCAUUGCGAGCAGCGGACAAGCAGAGGUUCGGGUACUGAUGAAUAUAGCUUUAUGAUGUUUUACAAAAUGGAUGCAUUAACUCUGCUAUACAUCGGUGAUGAAUCAGAGAGCCAAAAUUAAAAGAAGAAAAACCUUGACUUUUUACAUUCUUUGAGCAUUGCUGUUGUGGAUGACUUGUGGAAUGGCUUAUUUGAUGUGGGAUCCAUACUUCAAUUAUCUGCUCUUCAGGCGUACUUCACUAUGGGAUGUAUCACUGGAUUAAUUGAAGCGUCACCAGACAUAAAUCAGCUCGAUGCAAUGUUAGCGUGAUGCACUUUCUCAUCGCCACCCAAAAUGUCAAACUGAUCUCGGUGCUGCUAUGUGUGAACCCUCAACCCCCCCCCCCAACCUCUGGCCACGCAGGAGAGGGUGGGCCUCAGCAGUGACUGGAAAUCACACCCCAUCUGACCCCUGGAGUGAAUUCAUACUGGGAGACUGUGGCACCAGUUGAUCUGGACACGCUGUCUGCAGUUGUGUGGUUUAAUGCUCCAAAAACUUGGGGCAACAGCCUCUUGCAUCAGCAUUCACUUGUUUAUGAGGGAAAUUUUAAAAUUCCUGAAAAGCAAGGAAAAAUUAUAAUAA